AUGCUACUACUCUUUGUAUUAUGUUCAAUCGUACUUUUCAUUUUUAUUGCGAUUGCCAUUAUUUAUUUCAAAUUAAUCUAUCCCCAAAAACAAUUAUACAAUAAAUUUCGUGCUCAAGGUAUAAGUAUGGAACCAUUCGUACCCUUAGUCGGCCAACUGCCUGAAAUUAGAAAAAAGCGAAACAAGGAUGAACAGAUGACUUAUCAAGAAGAACUAGUAGCGAAACACGGAAAUGUAUACGUAUUUGGUUUCGGCCCAUUAACACGUUUGGUUCUUGUUGAACCUAAUCUACUUGCUGAUGUACUUAGUCGAAAUAAUGCAACAAACUAUGAGAAACCUAGUGACUUUGUUACAGCAUUCAUACCCAUCAUUGGUUCUCAUAAUUUAUUAACUAGUGGAGGUAGUGAACAUGAACGAGCUCGUCGAAUGCUCAACCCAGCAUUUCAUCAUAUCAGUCUUAAAUCCAUGAUUUCUAUUAUUACUGAUUGUACGAGCAAAUCAAUCGAAUCAAUACUAUCAAAAGAAGAAAACACAAAACCGGUUGAUUUACAAAUUUUGUUUAAUCGACUCACAUUGUCCAUCAUCGCCUCAAGUGCAUUUGGUGCUGAUUUUGAAACUAAUGCUCAUUCAAAAGAUGAUAUUUGUCGAAUAUUUGGUGAAAUGCUCGAAAUCACCGAGUAUAGAGGAAUGCGUAUGAUAAAUCAAAUCUCUUUUCUUUCACGAUUACCUUUUUGGCAUAAGAACGAACUUGAUGCAGCAAACAAGAAAGUGUCUGAAUUCGUCGAUCAAAUCAUAAGUGAUCGCCGUCAAGGACGAUCAUCUAGUAUGUCUACUGGUGUUGAUCUUCUUGAUUUAUUGAUAUCGGCUGUUGAUGAUGAAGGAGUGCCAUUCACUGACCAAGAAAUUAAAGAAGAAUCACUCACCUUUGUAAUUGCGGGAAGUGAAACAACUGGAAAUCUAAUGACAUGGAUGUUGUAUGUUUUAAUGACGAAUGAAAAUGUUUUAGAAGCUUGUCGAGAAGAAGUCGAUCGAGUUUUACCCAAUGGUAUUGAACCUACAAAUGAACAUUUAGCUGAUCUUGUAGUAUGCGAAGCAGUUAUUAGUGAAACACUUCGUCUUUAUCCACCAGCGCCAUUUUUCUUACGUGAAUGCACGCAUGAACACACUAUUGGUACUGAACAUCCAAUAAGAAUACCAAAGGGUGCAAGUAUUCUAGUUGAUGCUUACACCUUACAUCGUCGAAGUGAUCUGUGGCCUCGUCCUCUUGAAUUCGACUAUACUCGUUGGAUGCGUGAUCCUAAAACGAAUCUGAAACCGAAACUAGCUCAUUCAUUUGCUUUUCUUCCUUUUGCAGCUGGACCACGUAGUUGUAUUGGACAAAAUUUCGCAUUAUUAGAAGCAAAAAUAAUGUUAGCAAUGUUUGUAGAAAAAUGUAAUUUUAAUAUGAUACCAGGACAGAAGAUUACACCUGAUGUUAAAAUCACAAUGCGGCCGAAGUAUGGGUUAUUGGCGAAGAUUAGCAGACGUGAAACAUAA